AUGCCUGCCGCCCUCGAGACCGCCCUCGAGACCAAGUCAAUCGACGUCCACUUCAAGCUGAAGGAGGGGAAAAAAUACCCCAAGACUGUCGACCUGGAGAAGCUCAAGGAACACUACGGAGAGGGCAACGUCUCGUUUGUGGAGUCCAAGAACAAAUUCUUCACCAUCCAAGUCAGAAAGGUGUGCGACACGGCGGAUCAGAUGAAGGAAGAGCUCUGGCCCGUGCUCGACGAGAUCGAAAUCUUCAAGACUUGGGAGCCGGAAAGAAUCAUGGUGUGGCUUUCGGACAGUUCCUGUGUGUAUCUCAUGGGGGAUCCCUAUCCUGGCAAUUUUGGUCGUCAACAAAGCAAACUUGGCGAAAAGGACGAGUGGACGGGGAUGCGGGAUGUGAAGACAUGGGAAGAGGCGCGAUACGCAGGAAUUGAAGGGUGA